CUGUCACAAAUGACAAAUCUUAAUUGAAUAGUAGUAUUCUUGUCGCCGAUGAAAUCUAGGUUUCCAUUUAUAUUAAAAACACUAAAAUCCAAUUCAAAAAUAUGAUUUAAUUCAGUACAAAUCAAGGUGUUGAAUGUAUGAAUUAUAACAAAAUUUCUGCUACUGAAAGUAUUCUAGAUUUGUUAACCUUUUAAAACUUAUUUUGCUACGUAUAUAUUUACGUAGCAAAAUUAUAAAUGUGCACUGAUUGGCCGUCAUUUAUCAGAUUCUAUAACACUUGCCAAAUAAUGUGCAAGUACGUAACGUAAUUACUUUGCGUUCUGUUGAAGAAGUCCCGAGUACAUAGAUUAUUAGAUAAAAGGGUCUUUUUUUAUAUCAUGGAGAUUUUUGAGAGAAUUUAUCGUCAGAUUAUGAGAAAAGUGAAUGACCUCCCGGUAACCAUUACAAAAACAGUGGACAUCCUUAAUAAAUCUGUAAACAAUGUGCGAGUGCCACCACUGACAAAAGAUAAUGUACUUUUCUAUUAUUUGCCUUUGCAAGGAAUUGUUAGCUAUACAACUUUGUCUGUUAGUAUUAUGAAUCCACAUUUAAUGGUCAGGUUGUUUCCUCGGAGAGAUAUAACAGAUGUAUUAUUUUUGUCUGCUGGAGGGGGUGCUGGCCUUUGGCUGUGGGCAAGACCACACAUUGCUGCUGCUGCACCAGCUAGGCGUUUUUCUUGGGCCUUUUUAGGCGGUUGUCUUUGGCCUCUUGGAUCAAUAUUCCUGUGGGCAAUAUUAAAAAGUUCUAUUGGACAAAGACCUAUUACUGGGACUGUACUUGGGAUUACUACAGGAGCAAUGCUUACAAAUAUAGCAGUAGAUUACUUCCACUAUGUUGAACUCAUGUUCUGUGGAGAAGUUCGCUUACCUGAUGAUCCCUAUAGCCCUAAUAGUGAUGAUGAAAAAUAUGAUAUUGAUCUUUAAAACAAGAAUUUCUAUAGUAUUAUUUAAUCAUGAUUCAUAAGUAUGUAGCACUCCACUCUCUAAGAUAAAUUUUAUUUAUUAUUUAUGUGCAAAUGUAGUUUUUGACUCUUGUUAUACUUACAUCAUGUUUGUUUUUAUCUGGUACAGCUUGAAUGUUUGCUUAUUAGCUUUUAAUAUAUUUUAAGAAAAUAUAUGUAAAAAUUGGGCUCUAGUCUUUGUGUAUGGAUUAAAUAUAUUGGAAACAUU